CGGCCGCAGCAACCAGCAGGGCGACAAGGCCGAGCGCAGCCGCUUUUCCGCCACGGGGCGCGCCCGAGCGGCCCCCCGCGGGAGGGCGCGCGCGGGGAGGGCACGGGGAGGCGGCCGGAGGGAGGCGGAGGCAGACGGGAGGAGGCGAGGGGGACCCUCGCCGAGAAGGGGAGGAGGGAUUGGAUGGAGCAGCGCGACGACGGGAAGGCGCCAGCGAUCCUGACCAGAUCCAUCCUGGGCCGAGGACUGGUGCACAGUGCUCCCCAGCCGAGCCAGAAGACGCGUUUGCCGAUUCCUGGGCCGGGGGUGGGCUUGACCAGGAUCGGAGCAGGUGUGUAACUGUACACGGCACCCUCCGAAACGAAAGUCUCCAAGCCUCAGCCCAUACCGCGCCUCUCCUCGGCAUUGGCCACUGCAUCCCCGGAGCCGUCGCCAGACCCGCCGCUGCCUUCGCUCUCGUCACCCUCGCCGAGCUCUUCCUCCUCGCCUUCGUCCUCUGGAGCAACCCACGGCGUGCUUGGCGAUCCUCCUCCUCCUCCCACGCCUUCAGAGUUGCAAGCCCCACCCCCUGACCUUCGUGCCUUCCGCCAGCGCGCGACGAGGGGGGCGUCGGUGCCGCCAGCAACUGCGUCGGGCAGCUUGCCGAACGGCGGCUCCUUGUCCGAGCCCUCGUUCUGAGAGUCCUCCGCCUCAUCGAACACCACCUGGCGCACGAAUCGCCGCACGUCGUCGUCCGUGUCCAGCCACACGCUGACCUGGCCGUAACCGCAGCAAUACUCCAACGCCUCUCUGAGCCGCAGCUCCUCCUGGCGGCAGCUGCUGGCGCUCGGCAGGGCCAGCCCGUGCGGGAAGUGCGGCUCGAACGCGGGGGCGAAGGCCACGAACUCCGCCACGAAGGGGUUCCUCCGGAACGCCGCCCGGAGGCGGUUCACGAGCCUCGGAUGGAGCGAGGGAAGGUAUGAGAUCCGAGGCACCAAGUGCUUGAAAGUUGUUUGUCGCUUCUUGUGGGCCUCCGGGAGCCUCUGAAGGCCUCCAGGGACCUCCAGAGCACCUGGGGGGUCUCUGGAGACUUCAAAAAACUUCAAAAAAUCUCGUGAGCGACAAAAACGCGUGUUCUGCUCCGCGGAAAUCAUCGGGGGCCCUCAAGGCUUAGCCUGGCUCGACAAGUGCAGCCCGCGGAAAUUUGGGGUUGGAUGUUCGGCUUGUUCCUCAGUAGUCGCCCAGGGAGCAGGGCACGGGCAAAAAUCUGGAACAGCAGGCCCUAAUCCUCAGGGCGAAGCAAGAUCCCCUUAGUGCGAGCACCGCACGUGGAAAUGAGAGAAAGGUAUGACCAGACCUUUGGAGAAUGCCUAGCGAGACCCCUGGC